AUGGCGGACGAACUAAAAGCUCUUGGCAACAAGGCCAUCGCGGAGAAGAACUUCGACGAGGCUAUUGAAAAGUUCACUGAAGCCAUUGAAAUCGAGCCUACGAACCACAUCCUCUACUCCAAUCGGUCGGCUGCCUUCGCCUCUAAGAAGGACUACCAGAAUGCUUUGAACGAUGCUAACAAAGUCACGGAAAUAAAGCCAGACUGGGCCAAGGGCUGGGGACGUAAAGGUGCUGCACAACAUGGACUCGGAGAUCUAGUGGCGGCUCACGAUGCGUACGAAGAGGGUCUGAAGCUCGACCCUAACAAUGCACAAAACAAGUCAGGCCUUGCCUCUGUCAAGCGUGCCAUUGAUGCGGAAGCCAAAGAAGGGAAUUUAGAUGGUGUUACAGGCGAUCCUCUUGGUGGUGGACUUGGUAAUAUGUUUACCGACCCACAGCUCUACCAGAAGCUCGCUGCCAAUCCUAAGACCAGCAAAUUCCUCGCAGAUCCGUCGUUCAUGAUGAAGCUUCAGCAGCUGAAGCAAAAUCCCAAUGAUACACAGUCAAUGUUCCAGGAUCCUCGAAUGAUACAAGUCUUAGGUGUUCUCAUGGGCGUGGAUAUGGAUAUGAUGGGAGGUGGAAUGCCCGGUGGGCCUCCGGGUGGAGAUGGCUCAGCACCCACAGAAGCUGAGGAGGAUGUCCCCAUGCCAGAUGCUCGGCCGGCCUCAACCCAACCACCAAAGACUAAGGAGCCCGAGCCAGAACCAGAGCCAGAAGACACGGAGGCACAGGAGAAAGCCAAAUCAAAGGCUGCAGCCGACGCAGAGAAGAAGCUUGGAACUGAGCAGUACAAGAAGAGGAAUUUUGAUGAAGCUAUCGCACACUAUACCAAGGCCUGGGAACUGUACAAGGACAUUACCUACCUCAACAACCUUGGCGCUGCGAACUUCGAAAAGGGAGACUACGAGGCAGCUAUCAAGGCAUGCGAGACAGCCGUCGAAGAGGGUCGCGAGAUUUAUGCCGAUUUCAAGAUGAUCGCUAAGUCUUACGCGCGCAUCGGUUCAUCGUACGAAAAGAUGGGCGACUUCAACAAGGCCAUUGAAAACUAUCAAAAGUCACUCACCGAGCACCGAACUCCUGAGGUUGUCAACAAACUCCGCGCCGUCGAGAAGACCAAGAUUGAGACUGCGAGAAACGCAUAUAUCGACCCAGAGAAGGCAGAGGAGGCCCGCGAGCUCGGAAACAAGAAGUUCAAGGAGGCAGACUGGCCUGCUGCGGUAGAGGCCUACAGCGAGAUGGUGAAGCGAGCACCCGAUGACCCAAGAGGCUAUAGCAACCGCGCUGCUGCGUUCAUCAAGCUCCUCGAGUUCCCCAGUGCGAUUGAAGACUGUGACCGAGCUAUCAAGAAGGAUCCCAAGUUCAUCCGCGCCUAUCUCCGGAAAGCGCAAGCCUAUUUCGGCAUGAGGGAUUACUCCAAGUGUCUGGAUGCCUGCACGGAAGCCUCCGAGGUAGAUGAGACGAAGGCGAACGGUAGAGAGAUUGAGCAGCAACAGCAGAAGGCGCUGUCUGCUAUGUAUUCUUCCAGGGAGAAUGAGACCGAGGAGGAAACGAAGGAGCGAAUCCAGCGGGACCCUGAGAUAUUGGGCAUCAUGCAAGACCCAAUCAUGCAAAGCAUUCUGCAGCAAGCGCAAGGCGACCCCGCUGCCCUGCAAGAGCAUAUGAGGAACCCCGGUAUCAAAGCCAAGAUCCAGAAGCUGGUAGCGGCGGGUGUUAUUCGAGUUGGAAGAUAA